AUGGAUGAUCUCUACGACGAGUUUGGUAACUACAUCGGCGAGGCCGAGUCCGACGAGGAGCAACAUGACCAGGUCCCACCGGCCUUCAAGUUCGACGAAGCGUUCGAUGAUGACAACGAAGAGGAAGAGGUCAAUGACCAGCAAUUAAUGGAGGUCGAUGAUGGCCCUUCAAACGCUGUUAUCUUGCACGAAGACAAGCAGUAUUAUCCUAGCGCACAACAAAUCUAUGGUGUCGAUGUCGAGACUCUGGUCCAGGAGGAAGAUGCACAGCCGCUGUCCGAACCGAUCAUCGCUCCCGUUCAGCAGAAGAAAUUUGCGAUCGCGGAAACAGAGCUCCCACCCGUAUACUUUUCUCGGGAAUUCAUGACAGAUUUGCUCAGCUUUCCCGACCAAGUAAGGAAUGUCGCUGUUGUGGGCCAUUUACACCAUGGAAAAACCGCGUUCAUGGACAUGCUUGUGAGACAGACACACGACCUGACGGCACGUCUUGAAAAGCGCAUGGGCAAGCGCAAGGAGGAGCAGCUGCGUUAUACCGAUGUUUAUUUCCUGGAGCGAGAGCGAGGUCUCUCUGUCAAGUCCGCGCCAAUGAGCUUGGUUCUUCAAGGGACCAAAGGCAAAUCCCACCUUGUCAAUAUCAUCGAUACCCCGGGACACGUGAACUUUGUGGACGAGGUAGCUGCAUCCGUCCGAUUGGCUGAUGGCGUCGUCCUCGUGGUGGAUGUUGUGGAGGGUGUCCAGUCCAACACGGAGCAAAUCAUCAAGCACGCAGUUUUGGAGGAUCUUCCCUUGACUCUGGUCGUGAAUAAGAUGGACCGGCUGAUUCUGGAGCUCAAGCUGCCCCCUAAUGACGCUUAUUUCAAGUUGAAACAUGUAAUUGAAGAGGUCAAUACCGUCAUUGAGAAUAUCUUGCCAGGCCAGGGUGAGCGGCGUCGCCUAAGCCCCGAGAAGGGAAAUGUCGCAUUUGCUUCAAGCUCCAUGAACUGGUGCUUCACCUUGCAGUCCUUCGCUCGGAUGUACGCAGACACUUAUCCACGACUCGACUCGACUGACCGAAAGUUCACUCGCAAGGGCAUGGAAGAGAACUCCAAACGAGCAUUUGUCAAAUUUGUGCUGGAACCAAUCUACAAACUCUAUUCUCACACGAUUAGUGAGAGCCCGGAAGAUUUGAAAGAGACCCUGGCGAGUGUGGGUGUCAGCUUGAAGCCAUCACAAUUAAAGGCGGACGCGAAGGAGCUGCUAAAUCUGGUUUGCGAGCAAUUCUUUGGUCCCCCUACUGGUUUUGUCGAUAUGAUAGUUCAGCACGUUCCUUCUCCGAUUGAUGGCGCCAAGAGGGUCUUGGAGAGGUAUUACACUGGUCCUUUGGACACCAAGGUUGUGGAUUCUAUGACCACCUGUAACCAGGAUGGUCCCUUGGUGGUCCACGUCACCAAGCUUUUCAGCAGCACCGACGCCACUGGUUUCUACUCAUUUGGAAGGAUCAUGAGUGGCACGGCUCGGCCCGGCCAGCAAGUUCGCGUUCUCGGUGAAGGGUAUACUCCUGAGGAUGAGGAGGAUAUGGCCAUCGCAACCAUUUCAGACACUUACAUCGCGGAGACUUGUUACAACAUCUCCACUGACGGUGUUCCCGCAGGUAAUUGGGUCCUCUUGGGUGGCGUGGACAAUUCAAUCGUCAAGACAGCCACCCUGGUCCCUCUCAAGCUAGAUGAUGAUGAGGAGGUGCACAUAUUCCGGCCCAUUCGACACAUGACUGAGUCAGUCUUCAAGGUUGCCGUGGAGCCAGUCAACCCAUCAGAAUUGCCCAAGAUGUUAGACGGUCUCCGCAAGAUCAAUAAGAGCUACCCUCUGAUCUCCACUAAGGUUGAGGAGUCUGGUGAACAUGUCGUCUUGGGUACGGGGGAACUCUAUAUGGAUUGUGUUCUGCAUGACCUGCGUCGACUGUACUCCGAGAUGGAAAUCAAGGUCUCGGACCCGGUCACUCGCUUCUGUGAAACGGUGGUCGAGACAUCAGCAAUGAUGUGUUAUUCGAUCACCCCCAACAAGAAGAAUAAGAUCACCAUGGUUGCAGAGCCGUUGGAUGAUGGGAUCGCGGAAGAUAUUGAGAGCGGCAGAGUCAGCAUCAAGGAUCCGAUCCGGAAGGUUGCUCGUUACUUUGAGGAAAACUAUGAUUGGGACAAGCUCGCAGCUCGCAGCAUCUGGGCUUUUGGGCCCGAUGAGAUGGGUCCCAAUGUUCUGCAGGACGACACAUUACCCUCACAGGUGGAUAAGAAGCUCCUUGGAUCCGUACGGGACUCGAUAACUCAAGGUUUCAGCUGGGGUACCAGAGAAGGCCCCCUUUGUGAAGAACCCAUUCGGAACACCAAAUUCAGACUCACCGACGUCUCCCUCUCCGACCAGGCAAUUUAUCGCGGAGGCGGUCAAAUUAUCCCAACUGCUCGUCGUGCCGUGUACUCCUCCUUCCUUAUGGCCUCCCCCCGUCUAAUGGAACCCCUCUACUCUUGCACGAUGACCGGGCCCGCUGAUGCUGUUGCCUCGGUAUAUACUGUGCUGUCUCGCCGACGGGGCCACGUCCUGUCCGACGGGCCCAUUGCUGGUACACCGCUGUACUCGGUGCGCGGCUUAAUUCCGGUGAUCGACUCGUUCGGAUUCGAAACUGAUCUUCGCAUCCACACUCAGGGCCAGGCCAUGGUCAGUCUGGCGUUCGAAAAGUGGAGCGUCGUUCCCGGUGACCCGCUGGACCGUGAGGUCAAAUUGAAGCCUCUGGAGAUGGCGGGCGCCAUGGCCACGGCGCGAGACUUCGUCUUAAAGACGAGAAGGCGGAAGGGUCUCGCCGAGGACGUGACGGUGAGCAAGUUCCUCGAGCCGGAACUGUGGAAGGGACUGAAAGAAAGCGGCGUCUUGGACUCGUGA